AACUACACAAGACACCCAGCCGCCCCCCGGCCCCCCGCCUCCACCGCCACCAUGGGUCCCCGGGCCUUGGAGCUGCUGCUGCUGCUCCUGCUGCUGGCACAGGAAGCAGCGGCCCUGGCCGAGCCCGAGCUGUGCUACAUACUGGACGCCAUCCUCUUCGCCUACGGCAUCGUCCUCACCCUGCUGUAUUGCCGCCUCAAGGUCCAAGUGAGAAAGCAGCCCGAAUCCUCCGUCGGCUUCGAGAAAUCCGAGGGGAUCUACACGGGUCUGGGCAGUCACAGCCAGGAGACCUAUGAGACACUGCACCAUGAGAAGACCCCGAAAUAGCAUGGGGGACGGAAGGGACCCCGAUCCCCCCGACUCGCUGGGCCUCGGCCCUCUUCCUCCCGCUCUCUUCAGGUCUUUCCCCCUCCUCUUCCUUCCGCGCUUCAGUCCUGCCCCCUGAUUAAUAGGUAAUGAUAAACGUCCACCGGUCCCCUCUCUCCUAAUCAACGCCGGGUCCCCUGCUGCCUUCCAAUAAAGCUUCUGCUGUUUGGACCCCCA